CAUUCUUUGAAAUGAAAUAUGUUCUGCAGUUCUUCAGAAAUAUGUGUUAAGAAAUUAUUCAAAUAAAAUCAUAGUGGCAGCUUGAUAAGGAGAAAAGGGCAAAAACUAGAAGGUACUUCAGUAAGAUGUAGUUCAAUGAGAUAAGUAAAAGGUAAAUCAGUGAUGAGCCCUUUUUACCUACUGUCUGUGGAACUCAAGGCUCUCCCAUACAACUCAUACUAAUGACAUUGUAAAUUAUCUGUGGGGCAUCUACCCCAAUGUAUGAAGUCUAAAGUAGGAAAUAUUCCACCAACCAAUCAGUACAGAGAAUAAAAAGAAGAAAUCAAGCAGUAAACUUUAGCAUUUGCCUAGAGAUAUUUGAGAAUCUCGGAUGGCUUUCAAUAAUUCUAUUUGAGUCCCUGGUUCUAACUGUGUCAGUUGUUUCACUGUGAGGCACUGAAACAGGUCACUCAGAGAAGCUGGAGAUGCUCCAUUCCUGGAGGUGUUCAAGGCCAAGCUGGAUGGAGCUUUGAGCAACCUGGUCUAGUGGAAAGUGUCCCUGUCCAUCGCAAGGGUGUUGGGAUGAGAUCAUAUUUAAGCUGUCUUCCAGCCUAAACCAUUCUAUGACUGUAUAAUUCACAUGGAAAAUUCCAACUUUCAUAAUUAGAGGAGAGGAACUAAGCAGUAAGAGACUGGACCACACAUAGCUUGUAACUUGAGAAGCAAAGUCAAAGAAAUUAUAAGUAUGGAAUACAAGCAUAUUGUGAAAUACAAAGAGACACAAUGGAAAUGAACAAGAAUAAAAUUCAAUGUAAUUAAGUUCAUCUAGGGAAAUGGGGACAAAAAGUAGGAUUCUGAAUCAAAAGAUCAACAGAUCAGAAUGAUUUAAUAUUGAAAGACAGAAGGCAAGAGAAGUAAAAUAAUCUUGUUUGAGAAAGGCUUGUUUUGGUAUGUUGUGACAACUUUGUUCUGUAGACUGUGAGCACUGUAGAAUUCAGUAGGGAAGUAUUCAGUAAAGUACCACUGAAUAUGUUCAUAGCAAAACCUUCUACAGCAGAUGAUAUUGAAUUGUAAGUAAGAGACUUACAGUCUAAAAGGAUAGUUUAUAUUAUCCUGAUAGAACUUAAAGUAUUUUACAAAGGUGUUGUGUCAUCACACCAUUCCAAUUCAGUAUCAGCAAAUAUAUUCUCCAUAUUUUCCUUUCUUUUUUUUUCCUUUGUCUUUUCUGACAGUCUUGUCUUUAUAGAUUCACUGAACAUGUUUUUUUCUUAUUUUCACAUAAAGUCUCCACAAUUUAAGUAUAUAACCAUAAAGUAAAAUAACUCUUGUAUUUUCAAAUUUAUGUCCAAUCAGUGUUUUUAAGGUAGCUUUUCCUGCAUAACAAGAUGAACUCAAAGGCAUUCAUUACAGAAGUGUUUUGGGGUUUUUUUUUGCUUUUAUUAUCACAGAGCUUAUCAUCAUCUGGAUGAACCUGAAGGAAAGAGCAUUACAGAUGUUACCCACAAUGAGAAUAAACACAUUCUAGACAGUGUAUUCUAGACCUGUAUUCGCAGUGUGAUAUGAAUAAGAACGUUUCUAGUAAUCUUUUACUCAAAAUUAGGAUAUUGUUAUUCUGAGCUAACCAGAGCACUAAUCUACGUAGUAAGAAUAACCUGUCAUGUAAGGAACUAUGUCAACAGACAUUGGCUUCCAUCCAAGCAAAUGCUGAAUGCCUCUAUUCCCAGCUAAGCUAAUUUGGCUUAUAUUCAUCUAGUGUCCAGCAGUGGACAAAAUAGUUCCUAAGGCAAAUUUUAUCAUGCAGUCCUGAUAGUUCUUACAACUAAUCCUUGCUCAAGUCAAUAGGUGUGCUUGUGAGUAAGACUGAAGGUGAUGAGAUUCCUUAUUCUCUUAUCGCAUGUCAGCUCCAGGACCAAUGAAACAAGAGUAGACAAAGACAAUGUGUGGGUAACAUAAACAAAAAAAGCAAAUAACUGGUGCCUCUUCUGGUAUGGUAGACCUUAAAGAAGAAAGGAUAAAUUAACAUGUGUAAAUGUUAGGCAUUUACGUAUGGGCAGCAAAACUAUUUGCAUCAUUAAGUUGUUUCCAAUGCUUUUUGAAAUUUAAGGUAUCAACAAUUAAACACACUGCAGGUACAAUAAAAGUAAUAUGUAAAUACUAUAAUUAAUAUCCAAGAGCUGAUAAACUUAAUCAUGAAAACAUUAGAGCUGGUAAAAUUAAUCACAAGUGGACACCGCAAAUAAUAAUUCUAAUUUUGAUCUACUUACUACCAAUUACAGAAAUUAUUUUUAAAAAUGCAGCCCAAUCAUCCUUAAACUAUAUUGUAAAUCUCACCUUUGACAAUCAAGCAAAAUCUGUAAUCCUACCUCUAUAAACAACUGUGACCUGUGGCUAUUUCUACUGAUGGUUUCAUAGCUUCUUGCUCAGAGUUUUAAAUUUUAGACGGUAUUAGAUCAUUUCCCAAAACCCUGUCAUGCAGAGAAUCAACACUAUCUACCUUCAGUACUUUCAGUGUCCCAUGAUACCAAGUACACAUGAAUUUGAAUAGUAGUAGAACUAUUGAUCAUCUCAGACACAGAAUUCCUUCUGCAAAGUCAAAUUAUAUUCUACCAUUAAGAAACCUGACAAUAUUGGUCAUUUCAACUGUGAAGAGAAACUGAAAUUAAUAUGGUUUUCUUUAUAACUUUAUAACUCUUUAUAACUGAUCUACAAUCCUUUCUAUCUCCUUAAUAUUCAAGCAUCUUUCUUGCAGUAAUUCUUUCUGGGGUUUUAGAUACUUUUUUAUUCUUCAAUCUAUCUUCAACCAAGCAAACCUUACCCCCAAAGCCUUCAUAAUUCAAAUCCACUGCUAACUGAUUACAGAUAUGCCUAUUAUUCUUUCCUAAAAGUUAGGCUUUAAACACUUUAUGUAAAAAUGUGUCUCUGGCCUUAUCUUGCAUUCAGUAAAAUUCAGAAUUUGUUUAAAGAGUAUUCUGUGGUGCAUACAACCUUAAAAGUAACCAUCAAAUGUAAAGAGAAACUAAAGUAAAACAGGCAACUGUUUUUGAUCUGCAGAUAGUUUUUAACGGCAUUUUAGCAGUGACAAUUUGAAACCAUAUUUACUAUAUUGAGGUUAACCAUUUAAUUCCUGACUACAGAAUAGGGGAAAAAAACCCAUGAAAAUGGAAUUCCCAGAGAAUGAUUAAAAGCAGUAUAGCUGAUGCAAGUAUUUUGGAAAUACAACAUGAAGGUCAGGAAGGUGAAGGGAAGGAAUCGAAUGUAUAGCAUCUUCCUUAAGCUGAAUUGAGGGAAUUCCUAGAAGUAAAAGCAUUUUCUCAGUUGCACCUUAGUGAAAUAUAACCAAAACCUCAACUGUAAGUCACAUUAGGGUUCUGUUAGUUCCUAAAGUCAUGAAUAUGUGCAUCAAUCUGCAGACCUUAUAUAUGACACCUGAAAUAUGAGGUUGCUACUCAUGGCAUACUUGCAUAUGUAACUCUUUAAGAGAAUAUUGACUUUUUUCUGGAACUGAUGGGCCCUCCCUCAUUCCCUACAUUACAAAUAGGUACCAGUCCUAGUGCUUGCCUCUGUGUCCUUUAAAACCUUGUAUUUCAUUUUAAGCUUAUUCUUCCUACUGAAAGAAGAGUUCAGUUGGUGGGUUUGGCUGUCUGUCAAGCUUUGACUAAAGCCUCCUGGAAAAAGUAGAGAAAGCUAGAACACAGAUGCCCUCGGUUCUUAGAAAUGAGUAGAAAGAAAAGAAAAAGCUGCAAGAGCAGAAAGAGCUCUGAUUCCAGAGAAUGUGCACAGUUGUCACCCAUUUGUAAAUGCCAACAAAGUGUAGGAAGCCUUGAAAAUAGAGCACAUGAGGCUCUUUCUCACUGCACAGAGCCACUGGAUAUAAAGGGUGCUGAAGAAGAUGGAAAAGAUAAUGAAAACAAGAAUCAGAGUAGCUCAGAUGUUUUUGAAAAUAGACACCUUAAUAAUGUAUCAGACAGUGAAACAGAAGGGAAGAAGGAGAAAAACUGCCCUCCUAAAAUUUUCUCACCUCAGCAAGAUGAAAUCCUAGCUACAGUAACUUUUAGUGAGUCAGACAGCUCAUCCAAAGGAAAAAUUACACUGUGGGGCAAGCCAGAUUCUUCAGAUGCCAUCAGCUUUGCCACUGGAAAGAUUUCUGCAGAAGUAAAACAUGGCUCUUUUAAUGUGAAAGUAGAGAUUAAGAAUAUUUCUUUGUUUGAUUCUGGAACAAAAGUUGUGGAUGAAAAAAGGAAAAGUUCAAAGAACAAGAAAUGUCAUGAAAGACAGUGCCAGAAAAGUCAGUGUUCAAAAUGUUCAAAAUACCAGUGCCCUUCAAGUGAUCACUCAGCAGAGCACAGUGGGAAAUACAAGGCAUCGUCUAAGCAUAAAAUUCAAACUGCAAUCAAUGAAAGUGUCUCCCUAGAAAUGAACAUUGAAACAAAGGACAUUCAGGUGGAAUAUACCAGCAAAAAGAAAAAUCUGAAAGUUAACCUCAAAGCUGGUGAGCAGGCACAGAGUAAACCACUCAACAGGGAACAGGAAGAUAUGUAUUGGAGUGAAACAGAUUAUUCUUUAAUAGAGCCACUGUGUCAUACAGACUGUAAGUCAUCAUUUAGCUAUCCUGAAGAAGCAGAUUAUGCAUUCCCAGAUGGAUAUACGCUUCUCCCUCCACCUAAAGAAUUUGCUGACUGUGACAAAAUGCACCUGGAUACAAUUGCAGAAGGUGUAUCUUUCUACCCUGUUAACAGCAGAAAGGAAUCUGAUGAUCUCACUACAGCAUUGAGUAUUUGGGGGAAAGAAAGUUAUUUCUGUAAACUUAACACAGAGGACUAUGAAGACCACACCAAUGAAAAGGAAGAUUUUUCAAAGGAUAAAAUACUUUUCUCAAAAAUAAAUAAUGCUAAUUGUCUUGUAGCUAUUAAUACCUUGCAUAAUAUAAACAAUGGGAAAGAAUGUGUUAGCAAUGUAUUAGGUCAAGAAAGAAAUAGCUGUGACAAACACAGAGACAUGGGGCCAAAAACAGCAAGAAGAAAGUCUUUCCCGGAUACUACCCUGGAGAUACCAUCACCAGUUCACCCUAGAAGGGAUUCUGGCUUUUAUUCACUGCCAUCCUUAAACGUAUUGCUUAAGGAGACCAAAGCAGGAGAUGUCCAUAACAGGAACUCACAUAUUCCUGCUAAAUAUAAGGAACUUUGUAAGUGUCCUGACUUGACCUCCUCUCUGACAGAGCUUUGCAAGUCUCCCAACUUGACCUCCUCACUGAGAAAUUUGGGAAGUCUUAAGUCUUCAUAUCAGUAUGCUUUCACAUCAUUUGACCGUAAUAUUACCAUUUAUCCAUCUGAGCCUGAAGAUGUCUGUCUAGAUGGCACUUUUUUACUGAAUCACUAUGCAGACUGUGUGGGAAAAGAUGAAGAAACAGAAGAAACAUUAAUGGAGAGUCUUUGUUCCAGUGGUACUAUAUAUGACAAAAAAGAAAAUGGCCAUGAAGAGCCUCUGGGAAACCUAUCCAUGUGGGAAGAAGAUUUUGAGUCUACUGAAGCUUUAGAUAAAGAGAAGUCAGAGUAUAACUCUGUAGAAAAACAUGUUGAAUGGCAAAACAAAGCUCUCCUGGUACAAGCCUCUCCACUUUCUACAAGCCCUCCAGGUGAAUUUGUUAAUGGCAAAGAAAGUACUAAUUAUGCCUCAACAGAAAGCAUCCCAAAACAAAGUUCAGUUUUACAGUUAAAUGUUCACCCACCUUAUGCAGAGUCUGAGGUAACAAAUAAAAGGAGAGAGUCAGUACUGACUGACCCUCCACUGAUAACUGGAGAAGUAGAAGGAAGACUUGUCCAAGGUGACAGUAACCUUACUUGCAGUGUACAAGAAAGAUCCUUUCUGUCAUCCUCGUUGUUAGAUCACAAAGAGCAUGGCAUGAAUAAAACAUUGGAAAGCCUUUCUGAGGUACAGGACAUAUCUGGAGAUGUCCUUUUUGAAUCUGAUUCCCAUAACAAUUUGGCACUGGCUUCCAUAUUACCUACCCCUUCAGUAUGCACAGAAAAGGAAGAGAAUUUGACAGAACAUUCAAACAUUACGCAAAGAUUGGGGAACUUUUGCUGUAAACAGUCAGUUGAUGACAGUUUAAGGAGAGAGCCUGGAGCAAAUCAACUAUCUCUGUUAGUCAAGUCCAAUUUUGAAGAAAUUGAGUCAAAUUUUGAAAUGAAAGAUUUUUAUGAGAAUGCAGAUAUCUCAUCAUCAGUAAAGCAGAUUAGUAAAGACUUGAAAUCAGAAAUUAAUGAAACCAGAAAGUUACCUUUGAAGAAAGAUACCAGAUCAAGUGACAGUUCCCAGGAAGAUGCAAUAGACCAGUGGGCCAGAAGACGGAAACAGUUCAAAGACAGCAAAAAAUGCAGUUCAGCUGGAGGAAGCUCCAUAAACAGCACAAUCACUGAGGGAUCAAUAAAUUCAGAAGAUGCUCGAUCAGUAGAUCUGGGACUAUAUUCUGAAAAUGAGGACAGAGGUUUUUAUACAGAAAACUUUCAUUCUGCUUCCUGGGUUUUCAGAGGAGAUGAUGUCUCUCCAGAUAACAGUCCUAGAUGUCUCAGCAAAAGACCUAGACCAGUGGCAAUUCGAGAAAGAACAGUGAAGAUUGCUAAAGGAACUGGCAAUUACCCUUGGGGUUUCAGGAUCCAGUUCUCAAAGCCUAUCCUUGUGACUGAAGUUGACACAAAUAGUGCAGCUGAAGAAGCAGGGCUUCAAGUUGGGGAUAUUCUGAUAGCAGUCAAUGGAACUGAUGUCACCAGCAUGCCACAUUCAGAAGCUGCCAAUCUGGCAAGGAAAGGUCCCGAUAUCCUGACUAUGAUAGUGGGAUCAGAUAUCAGCCGUUACCCCAACACCCCCAAACCUACCUGCCGAGGAUACCUGCACAAACGAACACAAUCAGCAAUACUGAAGGGCUGGAGAAAGAGGUGGUUUGUGCUGAAACAUAACGGUUACCUACACUAUUACAAACAUAAGAAGGAUGAAGGGAAAUGCAGACCCCUGGAAGUAACAAAGCUGGAAGGAGCAGAAAUUGGUGUUGACACCAGUCUGGGUAAACCAUUUGUUUUUAAAUGUAUACCUCAAGCUGGAAAUAGGAUUUUCUACUUCUGUGCAACUUCCAACCAAGAAAUGAAGAGGUGGCUGGAGGCUAUGGCUAAAGCAGUGCAUCCUGUCCUUCAGAACCAUGUAUGGGUAGAUGUCACAUUGCAUAACACUACACUCCCACCACUGGCUAUCAAGAACCCUGAGUGCCUGGGGCUUCUCCACCAGCUGGACAGGAGCAAAGAUGUCUGGAUUCAGCACUAUUGCAUUCUGAAGGAUGGCUGUUUGUACUUUUAUGCCACUCUGCGGUCUACACCUGCCCAAGGUGGCCUUUACCUGCAGGGCUAUAUUGUGAGUGAACAGUCCCUGGGCUCCAAGAGAUCUGUAAUUGAACUCAAACCUCCAUCUGAAGAAUUUAAAACUUUCUACUUAUGUGCAGAGAAUGUAAAUGAAAACAAAAGGUGGAUAACAGCUUUGAAAGCUUCAAUUAAUAAAUGGUUACCCCUACACCAGGCAAUCCAAGAUUUCAUGAACAGACCACUGGAGGAGACAAGGAUGUGAGAAGAAAGCUCAGUUAUUUCCCUGUUUCUUUUUGCAUUUUAAAUUUCAUGCUAUAUCUUAUGAGUCAUCUCAAGAGAUAUUUAGCAGCAGCUAAUCUUUAACACUGCAAUUCAUUUAGAGUUUUUGUAAGCAUUAGUAAAUAAAUGCAAAGAAAUGUUG